CCUUGCCGCCCGGCCCGGCCCAGCCCAGCGCAGCGCAGCAUGUUGCGAGUGGCGUUGCUCGGCUCCCGGCUCUGCCGCGGCCCAGCCCGGCUCGGUGCCUCCUUCUCGGCCGCCGCCUCCCCCAUCCCGGCGCCCAACUCGCAGCCUGACGUCGCCUAUAACAAGAUUUUCAUAAACAACGAGUGGCACGAUGCAGUCAGUAAGAAAACCUUCCCAACUGUCAACCCAGCCACAGGAGAAGUUAUCUGCCAGGUUGCUGAGGGGGAUAAGGCAGAUGUGGACAAGGCUGUUAAGGCAGCCAAGGCAGCUUUCCAGCUGGGCUCUCCUUGGAGGAGGAUGGAUGCUUCUCACCGGGGGAAGCUGCUGAAUCGUCUGGCUGACCUGAUCGAGAGGGACCGCGCUUACCUGGCGGCACUGGAGACUCUGGAUAAUGGCAAACCCUACGCCAUUGCCUACCUGGUGGACUUGGACAUGGUGGUCAAGUGUCUCAGAUACUGUGCAGGCUGGUCAGAUAAGUUCCAUGGCAAAACCAUCCCCAUAGAUGGAGACUUCUUCUGUUACACAAGACAUGAGCCAGUGGGAAUUUGUGGACAGAUAAUCCCAUGGAACUUCCCCUUGUUGAUGCAAGCAUGGAAACUGGGACCUGCCCUGGCUACUGGGAAUGUGAUUGUGAUGAAAGUGGCAGAGCAAACCCCUCUGAGUGCUCUCUACGUGGCUAAUCUGGUCAAAGAGGCUGGGUUCCCACCAGGUGUGGUGAACAUCAUUCCUGGCUAUGGGCCCACUGCAGGUGCUGCCAUCUCCUCCCACAUGGAUAUAGAUAAAGUGGCCUUCACCGGCUCCACGGAGGUUGGGCAUCUGAUCCACAAGGCUGCAGCAGAGAGUAACCUGAAGAGGGUGACUCUGGAGCUUGGAGGAAAGAGUCCAAAUAUCAUCAUGUCUGAUGCAGACAUGGACUGGGCUGUAGAUCAAGCCCAUUUUGCCCUCUUCUUCAACCAAGGGCAGUGUUGCUGUGCUGGAUCCCGAACCUAUGUCCAGGAAGAUAUCUAUCAUGAGUUUGUGGAGAGGAGUGUUGAGAAGGCUAAGUCCCGGGUGGUUGGAAACCCAUUUGACUUUAAAACUGAACAGGGCCCCCAGGUUGAUGAAGACCAGUUUAAGAAGAUCCUUGGAUACAUUAGCACUGGGAAACGUGAAGGAGCCAAACUGCUGUGUGGUGGCAACCCUGCUGCAGACAGAGGCUAUUUCAUCCAGCCAACUGUCUUUGGUGACGUGCAGGACAACAUGACAAUCGCCAGAGAGGAGAUCUUUGGGCCAGUCAUGCAGAUCCUGAAAUUCAAAACGAUUGAGGAAGUCAUCGAGAGAGCAAACAACACCAAGUAUGGCCUAGCAGCAGCUGUCUUCACAAAGGAUCUUGACAAAGCCAACUACGUGUCACAGGGCCUGAGAGCUGGAACAGUUUGGAUAAAUUGCUAUAAUGUGUUUGGUGCACAAGCUCCAUUUGGUGGCUACAAAGCUUCUGGGAAUGGCCGAGAGUUGGGAGAAUACGGUCUGGAGGCAUAUGUAGAGGUGAAAACUGUGACGACCAAGAUUCCCCAGAAGAACUCCUAAAGGACAGCAGCCUCUUCUUGCUUUGGCAACAUCUAUGCAGCUCCAUGAGAUACAAAGCAAGGGAACCUAUCCUUAAUGCACAAAACUUAGGUGGAAAAUAUGUAACUGCGUUAAGAAAUGUUUCUUUAGAAGGUGCCUGAAGAAGCUUUGUUAAACAAUGUUACUCAGCUUUAUCUUUUUGAACUACCAAAUACAGUGAGUAUUAAUGCAUUAAAUGGGUGUAAUCCUCUUGCAUCUGUAUCUGAUGAAUAUGCUUUUUUUUUCCCCCCCUAAGAUGUGAUUGGAGUAUUUGUCUGGUUUUAUAACAAUUCCUUGUUAGCUUGCAUAGCUAGCUCGAUCUUCCUUGUGCUUCACACCUAGCACAUAAUAUCCUUAUGGGAGCAGUGGACUGAGGCUCAGCUGUGUAACUGAGCAGGAGCAGCCUCUCAGUGUCAGUCUCUGAGGUAAAAGUUUGGAGCAGAAAAAGAACAAACUGCUCUCUUUGUAUCUCCUCACAAUAAACAG